AUGGGUUCCAUCUCUUCUUCCUACCCUGCCUCCUACCCACCUUUCCCGGAUUCGGGCUCCCUCCAGGGCCACAAACUUGUCCACUUGACUCCUGCCAUUGGCAGUGAGUUUCGCGACGUCGAUGUGACCCAGUGGCUGCACGAGCCCAAUUCAGACCAAAUCCUGCGUGAUCUGAGCUUGCUCCUCGCACAACGAGGGGUCGUGUUCUUCCGCAGUCAACUCAAUAUCACCGAUACCCUGCAAAAAGAAUUCUGUCGUCGACUCAAUGAGGUCUCCGGUGCACCCAAAGAGAAUGGCUUUUACCGUCAUUCACUGAAAGCUAUGCAAGGUGCCGAUCCCGAGAUGGGAAAAGUUGACCCAGAUCGCAUCCUCAAGAUGUAUAGUAAGCCGUUGGACGGGCUGCCUCGUCAGAGCCACGUCAAGGACUGGCAUACUGAUUCGAGCUUCGAGCGUAUGCCCCCCAGCUACACGGUGUUGAGGCUGGGGGAAAUGCCCGAAACCGGUGGAGACACCCUGUGGGCUUCGGGCUAUGAGCUCUAUGACCGUCUCUCUCCGCCCUACCAAAGGUUCUUCGAUUCCCUGACGGCCAACCACAAAUCCCCUGCCUUGAUUGAAGCCGCCCGUGCUGACCCCAAAGGCAUGGACUCCGGCCCGCGUGGAGCCAGCGGCAACGUCGGCCUCGAGUUCAGCAAUCACCACCCGCUGGUUCGCACUCACCCUCUGACGGGAUGGAAGAGCCUGUUCGGGUACGGCAUUAAUUGCCACCGCAUUGAUGGUGUGACAGAAAUCGAAAGCAACCAAAUCUUCGAUAAGAUCACGCGCCUAAUUCUGGACAACCAGGACACCCAGGUGCGGUUCCACUGGGAGAGUACCAGCGACCUGGCAGUCUGGGAUAAUCGGUGCACGUUCCAUGCGGCCACGCAGGAUCACUUCGAGGUGGGAUCUCGUAUCGGAUGGCGGUGCAUGGUGAUGGGCGAGGUGCCGUAUUUGGAUCCGAAGACGAAGAGUCGUCGGCAGACGACUGGAGGUUGGCCGUAUCGCUUGGAGAAUCCAAAGGCAUAG